ACAGCGAAGAAUUCUUUACUCCGUAAGAGGUAAACAAAGGCAGACUGGAUCGAAAGUGGAGAUAUGCAUGUACGUUGUGUUUCAAAACUGUGUAGCCGCAGGCUGAAGAAUGUUCUAAAAUUAGAACUAUGGCAGCAAAACAGAUUUAUGUCAGCAACUUCGAGUAACAGAGAGGCGAUUUACAGUACAGAACAUCUGCAGAUGAAAGAAUCCCUCAAAAAGAUCAUUGAAAGAGACAUCAAUCCAAAUGUUGAUCAGUGGGAGGCAGAGGGACAAUUUCCUGCUAAACAGAUUUUCAAAACUCUGGGAGAUGCGGGCCUACUGGGCGUUACCAAACCAACAGAGUAUGGUGGGUUAGGAUUGGAUUAUACCUACAGUGUGGCAGUGGCCGAGGAGCUAGGUUCCAUCAACUGCGGAGCGAUACCAAUGGCGAUAGGUGUACAGACCGACAUGGCUACUCCUGCCUUGGCAAGAUUUGGAAGUGAUGAGCUAAAGAAGGAAUUCCUAGCACCAUCCGUGUCGGGUGACAGAGUGGCCUGUCUAGGAGUUAGUGAGGUCGGCUCCGGUUCAGAUGUAGCAAGUAUACAAACUAAAGCUGUGAAACAUGGAGAUGACCUGGUGAUUAACGGCGGUAAAAUGUGGACCACAAAUGCAUUCCAGGCAGACUGGAUGUGUCUUCUGGCAAAUACUUCUGAUGGACCUGUCUAUGGCAACAAGUCACUCAUCUGUCUCCCAAUGGACUUACCAGGAGUGAAGUUAGCGAGGAAAAUAGACAAGAUGGGGAUGAGGAGCUCUGAUACAGGCCAGGUUUUCUUGGAGGAUGUACGAGUACCAGCCAAGUAUAUCAUCGGUGACGAGGGAAUGGGAUUCACGUACCAAAUGUUGCAGUUCCAGGAGGAAAGAUUGUGGGCUGCCGCGGCAGCUGUUAUGCCCCUGGAGAAGUGCAUUGCUAUGACAAUAGAGUAUACAAGCCAAAGAAAGGCGUUUGGACAGCCCAUCCUUAACAACCAGGUUGUCCACUUUCGUCUUGCUGAGCUAGCCACAGAAGUGGAGGCUCUCCGGUCAAUGCUGUAUCGUGCAGUUGGUCAAUACAUCGAAGGUAAUGAUGUGACAAUGCUGGCCUCCAUGUGUAAGCUGAAGAGUGGACGACUGGCCCGAGAGGUCACUGAUGGGUGUCUACAGUAUUGGGGAGGCAUGGGCUUCACUAACGAAGUUCUAAUUAGCAGAUUUUUCAGGGAUUUCCGACUGCUGUCCAUUGGGGGAGGAGCUGAUGAAGUAAUGCUGUCAAUCAUAUGUAAAUACAUGGACACUUUACCAAAAAAUCCAAGCAAGUCCAAAUGAUCACAAUGACUGUGGAUUCCAUUAAAAGAAGGACUAUUUGCAAACUGUGAUUUAUUGAGUAAGGAACUUCCUGCUGAAAAACUGUAAUGUGUCUAAGACAUGUUUGUGUUGUUGAUUUCAUUCUGUUAUUUGAUUGUCAACAAACAGAACUCAAUCUAACUUGUGAUAUUAAACAGUUAUCAAUGUCUUAUUUAUAUAAAAACUUUAACAAUUAUAGAAAGUUAGUGAUUAAUGUCGCAUUUGGUUCAUGCAAUAGUAGGUUAACAUUCGUUUUCUAGCUGUCUUAACUCUUUCCGUAUUUUGUGUUCUUUCUGGAUUCCAUACUGGAAGUAGUUAUCAGGCUUGUCCCCGGAAGUUGAA